CUACCGACCUCUAACCUGCGUAGAAAAAGCCCUAAUUAUAUCCUAACAACCCCCCAUUAACCAAUCGGGCAUAGAGACUUAUUUUCCUUUUCCCAUGAGGAAUGCUGUAACAUAUGCUCCAUUAGUCUAACAACGUGGCUAGACUUGCAUAUCACUUGGCACACAACAUAAACACAAGCAAUUUCCAAGCUUUGUCUUUGAUUUAUUCUUGUUUCUGCUCCACCAAGUUUCUUGAAAUUCAUUCCUUGUCAAAUUUCACAAUCCCCUGUUUUGGCAAAGAAUCUGACUGGCCCUCUAUAAAAUCAAUCUAUCCUGGUUAGCUUUGAAAAGCGAAGUUUUUUUUUGGCGCAAAACUCGAUCUGGGUCUUGUUCAAAGAUGCGCUUGGUCUCAUCUGGCUCAAUGCUAUUAUCUCCGCUUUGUCUGCCAAAUUGGUAUGCUCCCUCCACUGGGAUACCAUUCAACAAUUCACUUUGUUUAAUGCCGAGGAAGGAUCAAAGAAAUAUUGUUUGUGCCUGUGUGGCUCCUCCUCGACCCAACAUAGGGAGGGAGGGAUUUUCCGAAAACAAAUUCACUGAUUCAUAUAAACCAGAGAAAUUAAGCAGGAUACGUGAACCGGAGGAGGAUGAUUCUGAUGUUCUCAUCGAAUGCAGAAAUGUUUACAAGUCAUUUGGGGAGAAGCAUAUAUUAAGAGGUGUGAGCUUCAAGAUCAGACACGGUGAAGCAGUUGGAAUAAUUGGACCUUCUGGCACUGGUAAAUCUACAAUUUUGAAGAUUAUUGCAGGACUUCUUGCUCCGGACAGGGGUGAGGUUUAUAUUCGAGGUAAAAAGAGAGAUGGUUUGAUCAGCGAUGAGGUGAUGUCUGGGCUUCGAAUUGGAUUGGUGUUUCAAAGUGCAGCACUUUUUGAUUCUUUGACUGUGCGUGAAAAUGUUGGUUUCCUUUUAUACGAAAAUUCUAGCAUGUCGGAAGAGCAAAUCAUGGAUCUCGUGGCAGAAACUUUGGCUGCAGUUGGUUUAAAGGGAGUAGAGGACCGGUUACCUUCUGAAUUAUCUGGUGGAAUGAAGAAAAGAGUUGCUCUAGCUCGGUCUAUAAUUUUUGAUACCACAAAGGAAACAAUUGAACCAGAGGUACUCUUAUAUGAUGAACCAACAGCUGGACUUGAUCCAAUAGCAUCUACUGUAGUUGAAGAUCUCAUCCGCCAUGUUCAUAUGAAAGGUGAGGAUGCACGGAAACCUGGGAAGAUUGCGUCUUAUGUGGUGGUUACUCAUCAACAUAGUACUAUUAGAAGGGCUGUUGACAGGUUGCUGUUUCUACAUGAAGGAAAGGUUGUUUGGCAAGGAAUAACUCAAGAAUUCAUGACAUCAACCAAACCAAUUGUUCAACAGUUUGCAUCUGGCAGCCUUGAUGGGCCUAUUAAAUAUUAGGACAUAAACCAUCGGUUUUCGUUUCAGACAAACUUCUGGGGGGAGUUUCAAGACAUAGACCCUCGUAAACUGGUGCGUGCAAAUUUUGCCACUUCCCGCCAGCUUUUCACAAUUGUUAGCCUCUUGUAACUGGCUAAUACAAAAUGCUCUCAAAGGAAUACACUAAUUCAACCUUAGGGCACCAUCUUGCUUUGAAAGAGCUGCUCCUCAAUAUAUACUUAGCUGUAUACCGUUAGAUAGUAGUUAGUUUUGCAUCUGUAUGACUAUUAUUCUUUUUGGUUUCCAACUGAGACCAUGAAAUUGGGACAUUCAUGCUGGGUUCCGUUGUAGGAAAGGAAAGUGCAUCUGAAAGCAAUUUAGCGUUAUGAUUAUGUAUCCUCGAUUCAUUCAUCUUAUAGAGAUACUGCUGCACCCAAUUGUCAUUGAUAAUGAAUCUGUCCAGCUUCUCUCUA